GUGUAUUUUGACCUUCGGCACCUUUGUGAUAUACAUUCCUCCUCGUUCAUAAAUAUUUGGAAAUAAUGGAUUUUGAACAUUAAAAGUGCAGUUAUUACCCAUUUUUGUUUUGUUUUAAGUGUACAGUAAUGUCUCAACAGAACCAAGUUAACUUAGAGAUAGAGGACGAGGCGCCAGCUGAGGGUACUCCUCGUUCCAACCCUUUGCACAGAUUGGACUCCGUUUCCAGGACAGUGCCUACAAAUAGGAACAACCUAGGUCUUGGAGAUCGGCUCAAUAGUGUUUUCAGGGAGAUCAGGCCAUUUGUCGAACAUGCGCGCAUGGGUAACAAUGCCAGGCUUUCUCUUCCUACAUGGCUGCCUCGAAAUGCGCCUGGAACUCAUCAAAUUGGGGAAAAUAAUGUACAGCGACCUCAGAGUUCAAUUGCUCAUGUGAAUUUGGGUCCUGCAUCUCAGACAUUUGUAGUGACUGACCGUGUGACUCCCCAAAGGGCGCUGUCUGUGUCCCACCCUGUGAAUAGUAGUACAAAUGAGUCAAAUCUCUCAGAUCAGGAACAGGAUCACCAGGAGAUCAAUGUGUCAGUGAACCCGGCCAAUAAUAAUAAUAUCCAUGACAACGCUGACAAUGACAGCCAGAGUGACGACGGGACACAACAGGUAGUGGACGUCAGGUCGACACUGAACCUGUUGAUUAGAUACGCUCCCUUCUAUUUCAUAUUAUUCAUUAAAUUCAUGUACGACAGUCGGGAAGGACUGUUCACAUUUAUUGUACUGUUCUGCACGUUCACACAUGCUAACAGUCUUGUUAGAAGAGAACAUGGAAAACAGAUGAACAGGAGCAUACUGGCUCUAUUCAGCGAGCUGGUCUUCACCAGCAGCUGUAUCAUCAUAGUUCACUACUUGUUUGGCCACGACAAACUCCUGCCCAAUGUGGUGAUGUUUCCCGGCUACCGGGAGUCUAUCAACGUCUGGGAACUAUUGUGGCUUGUCGUACUGACUGAUCUCAUCGUGAAGAUUAUAACGGUGGAUAUCAAAGUGUUUGUCACUAUGAUGCCGGCUUUUUUGCUGCCAUUUCAGAAAAGGGGCAAAGUCUAUCUAUUUGUGGAGGCGAUAUCCCAACUGUACCGCUCCCUGUUGACCAUCCAGCCGUGGAUCUUCUUCCUCAUGCAGUCCUACGAGGGUUCAGAGAAGAUGGUGGGGAUGUUCCUCACGUCGGUGUACGUGAUCGCCAAGAUUAUAGAGGUGCUGAUGCGGCUGCGACUCUUCAAGAACGCCACUUGGACUCUGUUGCAGAGUGUGAAUCUCGGAACGAAACCGACUGGUGAGCAGCUUCUAUCCGCCGGCGACUCCUGCCCCAUUUGCCACGAUGAUUACACCACCCCAGUACGAUUGGGAUGCAGCCAUAUCUUCUGUGAACUGUGCAUCUCGGCCUGGCUCGAUAGGGAACACACUUGCCCCCUCUGCCGGGCUAAAGUCGCCGAUGAACCAACAUGGAGGGACGGAUCCACUACGUAUGACUUUCAGCUGUAUUGAUAUAUUUAAAACGGUUGGCCAGUCUUUGUAUGUAGCCACGAACUGUGUAUUUAAACCUGACAUAUUAGGAAUGGUAAUUGCCCCCUCUGCCGGGCUAAAGUCGCCGAUGAACCAACUUGGAGGGACGGAUCCACUACGUAUGACUUUCAGCUGUAUUGAUAUAUUUAAAACGGUUGGCCAGUCUAUGUAUGUAGCCACGAACUGUGUAUUUAAACCUGACAUAUUAGGAAUGGUAAUUGCCCCCUCUGCCGGGCUAAAGUCGCCGAUGAACCAACUUGGAGGGACGGAUCCACUACGUAUGACUUUCAGCUGUAUUGAUAUAUUUAAAACGGUUGGCCAGUCUAUGUAUGUAGCCACGUUUUUAGCGAACUGUGUAUUUAAACCUGACAUAUUAGGCAUGGUAAUUGCCCCCUCUGCCGGGCUAAAGUGGUCGGUGAGCUAACUUGGAGGGACGGAUCCACUAUUUUCAGCUGCAUUGAUAUAUUUUAAGGCAGUUAGACAGACUAUAGGUAUAUGUUACUUCUGCGGACUGUGUGUAUCGGCCUGGUUUGAGCAUACUUGCCGCGUUUGCCGGCCAAUGAUUCAACUUGGAAGGACAGAUCCACUACUAACUUUCAGCUCUAUUGAUAUAUCAAAACAGGUUAGGCAGUCUAUCCAUUUCAUAUUUUUUUCACAUACAUACAUACAUAUAGUCACGUCUACAUCCCUUGCGGGGUAGACAGAGCCAAUAGUCCCGAAAAGACUGAAUGGCCACAUUCAGCUGCUCUGCUUAAUGAUGGAAUUGAGAUCCAAACAGUGACAGGUUGCAAGCCCAUCGCCUAAAAAAAAGGAUCGCAAUUUUAUAAGCCUAUCCCUUAGUCGCCUUUUACGACAUCCAUGGGAAAGAGAUGGAGUGGUCCUAUUCUUUUUCGUAUUGGUGCCGGGAACCACACGGCACGGUAUUUUUUUCACACCUUCAUUUAUACAUUAUUUGGUGUGUUUAUUUAUUAUAUUAACUUCUAAUUGAGCCCCAGUGUAAUAUGUACGACUCUACCUACGUACAUUAGGUUACAUUUCACAAAAAAUAUUUUUAGUAUAAAUUUUGCCAGUAAUUCUUACGUUAUCCUACAUCUUCUUGUAGUCUUCUACUCAAGUGAUUAAUCUGUUCUUAAUUUUUUUUCGUAUACCUCCAGUUGAUUGAUAAGAGAAAAACAAAUUGACGAUAGACUGUUUGAAUAUUGGUUAAAUGAAAUUGGCUAAGUUUUCUUAAAAAGUGUGCGACUAAAGUGAAAAAAAUGUAUGUGAUAAAAGAUGUGCGUGUGUAUUGGAUUAAUCUUGAAAUCACCAGACCUUGAAUUGGUAAAAUGGUCACAUUAUUGGCUGUGGUAAAAUAAGACGUGGAUUGAGUGAUUCCUUAUAGUGAAGGUGAUGAAUUGUUAGGUUCAUCCAUAAAAGAGUUGAAGCGUCAUAACAUAAUAAAGUUUACAUAAUAAUAGAAAUCGCCAAAAAUAUAUGCCUAUAAUUUCUUCUGGAAUAAUAGUGUGCAAGACAGCACGUCUUCCAGAAGAUAUUAUAAGGUCUUUCUCUUUCUCCUUUCGUUAAUUCCGGUUGCAUUUAUAGAGAGGAGCCUGGGGUGCGCUUUUUGACCAUGAUCCUGGUUUGAGUUAGUCAGGUUAUUACACGAAAUGACUGAUCUGACCUCCACCACCUUUGCAGUGAAAUUUAACCUAUAUUAUCAUGAUCAUGGUAAGAUCUUUCUCUCUGUGUCUCUAAAGAAAAUCUCUAGGCUUGAAUUAUGUAAGCAGUUGCUUAUUUAUAAAUAAUACAGGUAUUACACGCGCACAUAACGUACCUUUAUUUUAUCUCGGACGUAACGGAUGUAAGAAACAUUGCGCUUCAACUCUACGCUUGAUGUAUGUAUUGAUAGAUUUUUUUUAGUGAUUGCAUUUCAUAUAGUAAAUAUGCAGCUCGAUUGAGUCUAUUUCAAACUCUGUAAAUGGCCUAAAAAAUUAAAUUAACAGAACAAUUGGUUGGUACGAAUAUUUAAAAAUAAUUUUUAUAGUACUCACAUUUCGUUUAAAGUACAAAUUGUUUGUUUGUUUGUAAACUCUUUAUUGCACAUAAAAAUAAAUAUAACAAUUUUCAAAACAGUUGUUGGAUUUAGAAGAAUAUGAACAAUGGCGGACUUAUCCCGAUUGGUUUAGUUACCUACACAAUAAACGCGAAUUGACAUUUAAAUAAAUUAAAUGCACAGAAACAGCAAAAAAAAAAUGCAUUAAUACAGCUAAACAAAAAGCUAAUAAACUAAAAAUACUUUUGCAAAAAAUAUAUUGAAUCUGCUUUAUCUUCUAUACUGGCCCUGCAAAAAUUCCUUCUUAUAGAUGUUAGUAUUAAAAUAGAAUUGCACUUAAUGUGCUAACCUAUGACUUUAUAAAGUAAGUGUUUACAGUUUAAGUGCUGCAUAUUGUUCAUAAUAUAUGUUUUAGAUUAAGGCCAUAUAUAUUAUGGUAAAAAAAAAAACUAUUAUUCUUUUCAAGGAACUUUAGAUCCAUUACAAUGUAAUGCUUAAACGCAUAUUUGUCCAUGUUUAAAAAUAUUAAAAUAAUUUAUAUAAAAUAAGCCAAAAAUAAAAUAAAAAUAUUUAUUUAGGUAGUAAUUGUUCGUUGUAAAUAGAGUUCAUUUGAGACGCAAGGAGCUUAUUAUACUAUGGUCAAAAUCUUCUAAAAUGGACGGGACGCUCCUUGCAAUUUUGAGACAGAUUAUUUGGUAAGAAAAUUGUGAUAAAUGUCUAGCCAAUAUUGCUUAUUUUCGUGUUAAGAUAACUAUAAAAUAUUGGUGUUUAGUUAACGUAAAACUGUUAAAUGAAAGGAAAUAAACAGGGAAAUUAUUCUACGUGUGUAUUUUGAUUGAGAAAGGCUAAUGUCGCGCGGGCAAGUUCCGUACAAAAUGGCUAAGUGAAAAAUAAUAGUUAUAUUUUCUUUUUCCUCCUGCCGUUUGUCCGAUUUACAUCCUCACCUUGCUGUAGAGGAACCUGAUAUGACACAUUUUUUGCAUAAUCUAGAUAAUAAUUAAUAUAUUUUUCAAGUGUUUAUUUUCAUUUUUAAUUUUAUGGGGCUAAGGUUUGGCUAUAUGUAUUAAAAAAAAAAAAAAAGAUUUCUCAAGGGAACAUCCAAGAUACUUUCCUGCCCGCGCGUUUGCCGCUCUAGAAAGCAAGCUUUCAUUGAUAAUUCAAUCAAUAUUCAAUAUGGCGGCAAAUCACUUGCACAGUUGUUAUCAAGCAAAGUAAAUGACAAUAUUCUUUUCAUAUUUUAUAAAUGGCGCGAAUUGUACAUAAUUUAAACGUUUAUAGUAUUUGAUAAGAAAAAAUAAUGAUUAUUGUAAUUUUAAAUGUUACAUUUCGUUCGGCCUAUAGUGUCAUUUGAAAUUGUUGUCAUUAAAUUGAUUUGAAUGCAUUCUGUAAAAAUUGUACAUUCCAAAAUCUACCUAUAUACCCGUUUUGCAUUAAGUUUUUAUGCUAUUUACCUUUGCCUGACAAGUUCAUUAUUAUUUUGAAACUGUAGUGUGAAGAUUAAUCGCAAAUAAAUAUUAAAUCCUUUAUUUUGAAUUGUACUAUGUGAUGAUCGAUUGCAAUGUAUAUUUGUAAAUAAACAUGUACAAAUUUAUAUUAUGUAAUUGAUUUGUUUUUUGUUGAUUUUAUUUUAUAUAUUUACUUCUAUUGAAUAAAUUUGGGUUUCUAUAAAAACUUAUUAAAUUACAUUAUACUUAUUAAAAUUAUAUACAAAUUAAACAUAUUGAUUUCGCUAUUUCAUUUUGUUGCUUUUUUAAUUAUUAUUAUUUAAUUUAAUCCCUCGGCUGUAAAUACGAUAUGAAUUUUGGAGAGUGGUCAAAAUGUAAAGAAACAUUAAAAAUAAUCUAAAUUGUAAGAGAAUUUACGAUGUGUAUAAACGUGAAUAUUCUCAAUGAAUUCGUAUGUCCAGAUUAUUGUCAGUCUGACAUUUUAUGCAUGAUAUUUUAGCGUUGUGUAGGUAGAUAGGUUUAAACCGAAUAAAUACUGAGUAAUUGUUAAGUC